AUGGGCCAGAACUGUUCGCACAUCCAGCGUCAGUGUCGUGAGGAGUGCAACACUGACAGUUGUCACAUCGAUCAGAACGAGAUGAAGUUUGGUCCUGCAGCUCCAGAUUGCUGGCAAGAUAGCCAUGGAGGUGUUGCGAGGUCAUCCAGGUCCACGGCGGCCACCUCUUCGUGCAGCCUGUGGUCAGGAAAGCGACUGUCUCCAGAGUCGGUCACCUGGACCAAUGGUAUCGGCAGAAGAAUGCACCCAGGUCGUUGGCAGUUGACACCAAAGGCAUCUUCCUUCGCCGGCGGAGCGUUUCCUCCAGAUCCACUGCAGGCCCCCUGUGCUGCACAAAGCUGGCUGAAAUUACGGCGUCCGGGCUAG